GUGCGCAUGACCGAUGACGUCACGACACUGUCGGCGAUUACGUAAACUAGCAGCUCGUGACUUUCUUUGGACGAUUAUCGCCAUUUUAUAUUGUCCAUUUUUGAGUGAAUUAAAUGAGCGAGCGUACGAGAUAGGAGUGCGUGUGUGGUGUGUACCGUGUCAAAUAUACGUGUCGUUAAUGUUAUAGUAUAGAAUAUCUGCGAAAAAACUCCUUAGCAAUGAAGUAUUUAGUGUUGUGUUUUACUUGCAAUUUUCUAUUUUUCAUUAGCACCGUCCAUUCGGUGUCCAUUGAUGGCCAUUCAAAUUCCCUACAGUUUGAAUUUAAUAGAAAUUUCAAAAUUCAUUGCAACGUAUCAACAGAUAGUAAAAACGUAACCUUAAAAUGGCUAAAGAAUGGGGAAGAACUAAUGAACAUACCUGGUUUAAAAGAGAGAAUAAAAAUAAAAUCAGAAAAUGGCGUCAACACGUUAGAAGUUAAUAGAGUAACGGAAAAGGACGCCGGUAACUACACAUGCCUUGUGCCAGACCAAGACAGCGUUAGAGCCGAAAUUCAAGUAACAAGCAAAAAUUUUGUUAAAGUACCUACCAACAUCAACGUGGUUGAAGGCGAAAAACUGAGAAUACACUGCCAGGUUGCCGGUAAACCGCCACCAAAACUGUCGUGGAUGUUCAUCCCCGAUAGCAGCAAUUCGAGCGCAGAGAACAGAACCCUAAUCGACGACGACGACAGAAUAGACCUGAAGGAAGACGAGGACCACAUUCCGAACUCCAUUCUGACAGUCACAGGCAUCACCAUGGAUGACAGGGGCGAAUACGUUUGCAUCGGCACCCCGGUCAGUGGAAAACAAGUCAAGGCCAAGAGCAUGGUUAGAGUUAAAGAUAAAUAUGCUGCCCUAUGGCCUUUCCUAGGAAUUGUCGCGGAAGUUGUCGUUUUGUGCGCCAUCAUCUUCAUCUAUGAAAAGAAACACAACAAAGCAGAACUGGACGAAAGUGACACAGACCAAAGUCCUGAUCAAAAAAACACACCUGACCAUGGCAAAGACUCAAAUUUGAGGCACAGACAGUGAAUAUAAAAUUGUUAAAACUUAAAAAAUUAAUACCAUUUGAAUUAUAAAAAAAAUGUAAAGAUUAGAAAAGAAAAAUAAACUUUCAGUUUACUAGUGAAUGCGAGCUGUAAAAACAGUGUUAUUGUUAACGCCUUCCCAUGUAGACUUUUUUUUCGUAAAAUUGAAGCCUUGUCAACGUAAUGCUGGUUAUUUUAUAUUUUUGAUAUGUUUUGCUAUGUUUUGAGUGA